AUGUCGUGGGCCCCAGAGGAGAAGCAGGCAGAGCCUCCUUCGGGAGAUCCUGGGACCAGUGGCGGUGGCGGGUUUAGCAGCGGCCGAGGAAGGCCCAGAGGUGGUGGUCAUGGCGGCCACAGUGGACCCUCCAGAUGGCUGGGGUCUAUGCCCUCCGAUUCCGACGAACCACCCCUCUGCUUUAUGCUGAAUAACGAUGUGGUUGGUGCCGUAGUCGGGCGUGGUGGAUCUAAACUAAAAGAUCUACAAAGUCUGACCAACACGAAAAUACGAAUUAUAAAGGGGGACACCGAGUCAGAAGUAACAAUUUUUGGCAGCAGUGACAUGAAGGCAAAGGCAAAAGCAGAUAUAGAUGCUGUGGUUAAAAGACAAGAAAGGUACAGAUCAGAAGCCAGUAUUGGCCGUACAACACUCUGGCCUCGCGCUACAAGUGGCUCAGUUUCAGCUAACACUGCUAGAGAAGCACGACCAUUGUUGGAUUGGGAUCAAAUUCGUAUGGAAGCUGCGGAGUGGGAGAAAAGAAAAUGGGCCAGCUUACCACAAAUUAGGAAAAACUUCUACACAGAAUCCGAAGCUACACGAUCAAUGUCCAAAACACAAGUAGACGAGUGGAGAAAGGAAAAUUUCAAUGUAAUCUGUGAAGACUUGAAAGAUGGUGAAAAACGGCCAAUUCCCAAUCCAACUUGUACCUUUGAGGAUGCUUUCGAGCAGUAUCCUGAACUUAUGAAAAGUAUCACAGAUGCAGGUUUUCAAAAGCCAACACCAAUUCAGUCACAGGCAUGGCCCAUUAUUCUACAAGGAAUAGAUCUUAUAGGGGUAGCUCAAACAGGAACUGGCAAAACACUGGCAUAUUUAAUGCCUGGGCUAAUUCAUCUGGAUUCCCAACCAACAUCUAGGGAAGAAAGGAAUGGACCUGGCAUGCUAGUCCUUACACCCACUAGAGAAUUAGCUAUUCAGGUGGAAAGUGAAUGUUCUAAAUAUUCCUAUAAAGGUAUAAAAAGUUGCUGCAUAUAUGGUGGUGCAAGCAGAGAUGGACAAAUACAAGACAUUGCCAAAGGCGUAGAUAUCAUCACUGCAACUCCUGGGAGACUGAGCGAUCUGCAAAUGAAUAAAUUUAUCAACCUAAACAGCAUAACCUAUUUGGUCUUGGAUGAGGCAGAUAAAAUGCUAGAUCUGGGCUUUGAACCCCAGAUAAUGAAGAUUUUAAUAGAUGUGCGCCCAGACCGACAGACUAUUAUGAUGAGUGCAACAUGGCCAGAUACCAUUCGUCGUCUUGCAAAUUCCUAUCUGAAAGAACCUAUGAUGGUUUACGUUGGUACCCUAGAUCUAGUUGCUGUAAGCUCAGUGAGACAAAAUGUGAUUGUGACAACAGAAGUAGAGAAACAAGCUCUUAUGCAAAAGUUCUUAAAGGGCAUGUCACCCAGUGACAAAGUCAUCAUAUUUGUCAGCCGAAAAGUUACUGCUGAUGACUUGUCGAGUGAUUUGAGCAUCCAAGGCAUGCCUAUACAGUCACUGCAUGGAGACAGAGAGCAAAGUGAUCGGGAGCAAGCUUUGGAGGACUUCAAAACUGGAAAAGUUAGGAUACUCAUUGCGACUGAUUUAGCAUCCCGGGGUCUUGAUGUUGAUGACAUCACACAUGUGUACAAUUAUGAUUUCCCAAAAAAUAUUGAAGAAUAUGUACACAGGGUAGGACGUACGGGAAGAGCAGGAAGGCAUGGCACUGCAAUUACCCUGAUUACUCCAAAUGAGGCAAAGAUGGCUAAUGAGCUGGUUAAAAUUUUGGAACGAGCAAAUCAAUAUGUCCCUAAAGAUCUUGUAACAAUGGUAAAGAAAUAUGUGGUCCAGAAGCGAAUCAUGACAGAAAAAAAAUCAAAAAUGUUCCAGGGACGAUACAGGAAAUUUUUUUAG